AGGACAGCAAGCAGGAAGGCAGCAGUGGGGAGGACAGGAACAAGUGUUGUCCCAUCUGCAACAUGACCUUUUCCUCUCCGGCUGUGGCAACGUCUCACUACUUGGGCAAGACUCAUGCCAAGAACAUGAAGCAGCAGUCACCCAAAGUGGAAGAAGCAGUGCCCCCACAGAAACAUCCUGCUACCCUCCCCACCUCUACUGUGUCUUCUAACGAAGAGAACAAGGACAUUACAGACCCAGACAAGUUCUGUAGCCUCUGCCAUGCCACUUUCAACAACCCCCUUAUGGCAAAACAGCAUUAUGUAGGCAAGAAGCACAGAAAGCAGGAGACCAAACACAAGCUGAUGGCACACUAUGGCCGAACCCCUGAUGCACCAGCAUCGUCCUUCAUGGCUGGGAAGGGGUACCCCUGCAGCACAUGUAACAUAGUGCUGAACUCCAUAGAGCAGUACCAAGCUCACAUCAGUGGCUUCAAACACAAGAAUCAGAUGCCAGGAGCAGUGCCGGUUAUCGGACCAUUCCCGCCACAGCAGUAUGUCCGGGAAGAAUCAACUGCCCCAGGAGGCUACAGUUAUUUCAGCCAAGACUUCUAGAGCAAGUUGCAGCACUGUUCUUGGAGUUGUUGGUGGCCCAAGAACGCACAUCCUUUGCCAGCCCACAAUGGUUUCAUUAUCCCUCUGGAUAAGCAAAGCCCUACCCUCCUGUAUGCACCCGUUGAGCAGAACGGGGACUGAAUCUGUCAGAAAAAGGAUACAGCUGGAAGAGACUUGCUAGACAGCAAAUACUUCACUCCCUUAGAGUA